AUGUCGUCGGGCAACUCCAUCGCGGCCUCUGUGCAGCCGCCGAUCGCCGCCAAGAAGCCGCACCGCGUCACGUUCGGCUACGUGGAGGGUGAGGACCGCGGCCCGAACCCGAUGAACCCGCCGCGCCAUCACGAGGACCCAUACUUUUGGAUGCGGGACGACGAUCGCAAGGAUCCGGCCGUGAUUGAGCACCUCAAAAAAGAGAAGGCCUACUUCGAGGCGUGCAGCUCCGACAUGACGCAGCUGCGCGACGACAUCUACACGGAGCACAUUUCGCACAUCAAGGAAGAUGACAUGUCUGCGCCGUACCUGUACGGCCAGUACCGGUACUACACCCGCGAGGUGAAGGGUAAGUCGUACAAGAUUUACUGCCGCGUGCCCAAGGACAAGGAGCCGGGUGACGUCGCGGUCGAGGAGGUCGUCAUCGAUGUCAACAAGGUCGCCGAGGGCAAACCGUUCUGUGACGUGAUGGAGGUGGAGCCGGCACCGCCGGAGCACGACCUCGUGGCCUUCUCUGUGGACAUGAGCGGUAACGAGGUGUACGCGAUCGAAUUUAAGCAUAUGUCGGACCCGUGCCGGACUGUAGCCGACACGGUGAGCGGCACUAAUGGCGAGAUUGUGUGGGGCCCGGACCACACCUCCUUUUUCUACGUGACGAAGGACGAAACGCUGCGCGAAAACAAAGUGUGGCGCCACGUGAUGGGGAGGCCGCAGUCCGAGGACGUCUGCCUCUACGAGGAGAACAACCCGCUGUUCAGGGCCUUCAUGUACAAGGCCGCCGACACAAACACGCUUUGCAUCGGCUCGCAGUCGUCGGAGACGACAGAGGUGCACCUGCUUGAUCUGCGCCAGGGCAACGCGCACAAUACCGUUGAAGUUGUGCGGCCGCGCGAGAAGGGUGUGCGCUACGACGUGCAGAUGCACGGCACCCGCCAUCUUCUGAUCCUCACCAACAAAGACGGGGCGGUGAACCACAAGCUUCUCAUAGCGCCGCGCGGUCAGCCGAGCGACUGGUCACAUGUGCUGGUGGAUCACAGCGAGGACGUGUUUAUGGAGAACAUCGCGGUGCGCUCGAACUACCUCGUCGUGACAGGCCGCCGCGGCGGGUUGACGCGCAUCUGGACGAUGAUGGUGGACCCGCAGGAUGGUGUCUUCAAGCCUGGUGCCGAGCUGCGCGAGGUGAUGAUGGAGGAGCCGAUCUUCACGGUGCACCUCGUGGAGUCCCAGAUGUUGGAGUACGAAGAGUCGACAUUCCGCAUGGAGUACUCGUCCCUUGCCACGCCGAACACGUGGUUCAACGUCAGCCCGCAGGACCACUCUCGCACCGUUGUAAAAGUGCGCGAGGUCGGCGGUGGCUUCGACGCCGCCAACUACAAGGUGGAGCGCCGCUUCGCUACCGCACCGGACCAGACCAAGAUCCCGCUUUCACUUGUCUACCACAAAGACCUCGACAUGACCCAGCCGCAGCCGUGCAUGCUGUACGGGUACGGCAGCUACGGCAUCAGCAUGGACCCUCAGUUCACCAUUCAGCAUCUGCCGUACUGUGACCGCGGCAUGAUCUACGUCAUAGCCCACAUCCGCGGCGGCAGUGAGAUGGGCCGUGCAUGGUACGAGAUCGGCGCCAAGUACCUCACGAAGCGCAACACCUUUUCGGACUUCAUCGCGGCAGCCGAGUUCCUGGUGGAUGCGAAAUUGACGACACCGUCGCAGCUGGCCUGCGAGGGGCGUAGCGCCGGCGGCCUGCUGGUGGGCGCGGUGCUGAACAUGCGUCCUGAUCUCUUCAAGGUGGCGCUCGCCGGCGUGCCGUUCGUGGAUGUCAUGACGACCAUGUGCGACCCCAGCAUUCCCUUGACGACGGGCGAGUGGGAGGAGUGGGGCAACCCGAACGAGUACAAGUACUACGACUACAUGCUGAGCUACAGCCCCAUGGACAACGUCCGCGCGCAGGAGUACCCGAAUAUCAUGGUCCAGUGCGGCCUGCACGACCCCCGCGUCGCCUAUUGGGAACCGGCCAAGUGGGUGAGCAAGCUGCGUGAGCACAAGACAGACUGCAACGAAAUUCUGCUGAACAUGGACAUGGAGAGCGGACACUUCUCCGCCAGGGAUCGCUACAAGUUCUGGAAGGAGUCGGCUGUCCAGCAAGCGUUCGUGUGCAAGCACCUGAAGAGCACCAUGCGCCUGCUGGUUCGCAGGUAA